GGAUUACCACUGACUGGGUGCUUUGGUGGUUUAUUUUCGCCUCCCGGGCCGCGCUCUCUCUCUUUUCGCCCUGCCGGCUCACAUGCUUCCUUUUGCUCUGUUCGCCCUGGCGCCAUUGCUCAAACCACCGGAUCAUCGUUGCGUGCCGGUGGCCCUGCACGACGGAGUUCCUCUUCUUGCCUCUUCUUCGAGUGCGCAGAUUGCCUUCAUCAUCACCAUCCUCUUCUCCUCUGUUUCUGGUUCCUGCUUACUCUGCCCAGAACAGGGCGCUCCACUGGAUUGCUGGGCCCUUUUCUCUAUUUUUUCUGCUCCUCUUCUCCACGGCCAAGCAGCGAAGCGGCCCGGUGGACCAAACCGGCUUCUCGACUCCCGCGCAAAGAGCGAGGCGUGGCCAUCAGAACUUGGAUCCGAACUAGCUCGCGGUGCCUUUUUCUUCCCUUUUCCUCUGGUCUCUCGCAUCUCGCGUUGUUUCCUCCCUCUGCGCCUGGAUUUGCCCGCCUCUCUCGUCCCCUUCUUUGCUUAGACACCACCCCGGACCGGCCUGCCAUCUGCGCUGCACGCACUAUUGCGACGUAUCCGCUCUCGUCUCCGCCCAGCCGUGCAAUCGCAGAAGCACGAAGGCGAGAUUGCCAGAGGGGGAUCGGGACGGAUCCCCACAUCUGUUGUGCGUGGUUGACGCUUCCCCGGAUUUGCUCGUCGUCGGCGUCGGUGCCGCUCAACCACCGCCAUGUCAUCGUCGUCGUCGUCGCAGAGUCGGGUC